GACGCAUCAUAUGGCAAACUUGGCAACAAAUCUCCUUCCCUGUGUGUCUCUGAUCACACCAAGCAUAAGAGGUCAAGUCCUUCGCUGACGUCAUCCUCUUCCUCCUCGUCAUCAUCAUCCAAGAACCCCGAGGGCAGGUCAUCCACCAACUCGUCCAUUUCCCGGGCAGAUUCCAGGUCACCCGACAGACCCGUGUCAGCAUCCACGUCGCAUGUGGCAACCCUGAUGAACGGGAAAAUGGUGCUCAACGGUGGAGCCGGGGGUGUUGGUGGUCCCGCCAGUGGUGCAGGUGGUGGUGACAGUGGGUCCCACAAGCGGUUCAGUGCGUCUGAGUUGAGCAAGAGUGAUGAUGGACUCAAGCACAAGUCCUUGUCUGAAGUGCCUGUGUCCAACAACAGCAGCAGUUCAUCUCCUGCGCAGACUGUUCAUCCAAUCAUCAGGUCAGGAGUGGAAGUGUUACAAGGACAGAUGGCAGCAGCUGCAGCAAGUCACGGCUUUGGAUCAUACCCAUUUGCCCAGUCACAAAUGUAUGCACAAAGUCAAGCACAAGGCUACCCAAGUUUGGGAUAUGACCCUGCUGCACUCUUGAGGUCUGCACCUUUCUACUACCCACACUUGUUUGGUGGUGGAGCUGCAGCAGCAGCAGCUGUGAAUAACCAUGCAGCAGCCCUGGCCAAUGCCUACAGGCCCUACAUGACUGUGCACCAUCAGUUGAGCAACUGCAGGGACCCCUUUUGUGUGGGACAGUGUCAGCAGACUGUGCCCAGUCCUGUCAUGCCUUCAACGUAA